CAUCUCCCUACGGUUUUUUUUUUUUUUUUGCUCAAUUAACUUCAAAACUACUCUUUGUACGUAGUCCUUGCGUUUCAAAGGAAUAACAAUUUUUUUACUCUGUUUUUCUUUUGUAAUUAUGGUGAAAAUUUCUUGAUUCAUGGCCCCUUUAAAGUUCUUCUUCUUCUUAGUCUUCCUCCCCUUUUUACUUUUUCAACCAAUGUUCACAGUCGAUGAUUUCUGCCCCGCAGUUUUUUGCGACGAUAUAUUAGUUUCCUUCCCUUUCCGGCUCUCAUAUCAACCCUAUUGCUGCGGCGAUCCCAACUUCAACCUCGCAUGCAGAAGCACAGACCAAACCAUCAUCAAUUUCCCAUUUUCCGGCGAGUUUACGGUCGAUGUCAUCAGUUAUUCGCCUCGUUAUUUACAGUUAAGUCAGUAUUGCAUCCCGGAACGUCUCCUCCAGGGACUCGAUCUAUCUGCUACGCCUUUCAAGCCAUUGUACCCUGAAAGCUACACAUUUCUCAACUGUUCCUCUGAAACCAAUGUGUCAAUGGUCUAUCCUGCAAUUAAGUUUAUUUGUCUUAGUGAUUUAAACUUUUCGAUUUGGGGUAUACCCACAAUCGCUUAUAAUCAAUCUUCUUCGUUGAGUUCAUGUCUAGAGAUAGCAAAGAUUUUGGUCCCCCUUCCUAGUCCAAAUUGGCCCACGUACGGUUUUGAUGAUAUUGUGUUAACAUGGGAACAGCCCGAUUGCCAGUCGGCACCAUGUAAUUACUGUGGAAGCAGUGAAAGUAAUUGCCAGAACGGAAAUGGUGACGGUGUCGAUGGUGAAUGCUCUAAUCUCCACAAGAAGAAAAAAGGUCUUUCAACCAGUACCAAAUAUGCCUUGAUUUUCAUCGUAACACCCAUCAUCUUGAUUUUGGUGUUGAUUAUUAUUUGCAAUGUUAGAGUCCAUUGCUAUGAUGGCCGCCGCGGCCUCCACCACAGGCCAAAUGCUGAAAUCUCCAGCUUCAUUGCAGAGCCGCCAGUAGCUCCUAAUCCAAUUACUGUAAAUGGUCUCGAUGGUUCAAGCAUCGAAGCCUAUCCCAUUACUUUACUUGAUGAAAACUUCAAGCUUCCAAGGCCUAAUGACAAUACUUGUUCAAUAUGCCUAUCGGAGUAUGAAGCCAAAGAGACAAUAAGAACCAUACCUGAUUGCACUCACUACUUUCAUGCUAAUUGCAUCGAUGAGUGGCUUAAGUUAAAUGCAGCUUGCCCUGUUUGUCGCAAUACACCGGACCAUGACCCCGCUAGUCUGAUAACCCGUUCCACAUCAUCCUCUCCAUCGAGACCACCGCAAUAGUUGAUUAAGUAUUUAGCCUUUUUUUGGGUUAUAGUAUGUUUGUAUUAUCCAUGGUGCUAUAAUCUUCGUUACAUGAGUUUAUUUUUUUGACAUGCUUGAGGGCUAAUCUAGCUCUUCCCACAGGUUCAUUUUUCUACCUUUCUCGACUCAUUAAAAUUCCAAAUUAACCAAGUUUUUCA